CGCCGCGUUGCGUUUUACUUGGACAACAACUAGAGCAGCGACUAACUAUAACAACAACAGCAACAGUCACUGAAAUAAUAGCAACAACCAGUGCAAAAGGAGCGCCACUGCAGCCUGCCACCUCGACCAGCAGAAAAAGCCGCCAAAAUGCUUCCGUUCCGGCGUGGAGCGGCCUGGCAAACGCUCUUCCUGCUCUGCGCACUCGCAUAUUGCAUAAAUGAGGCCAGCAGCGAGGGUCGUGUCGUUUGCUAUUACACGAACUGGAGCGUCUACCGGCCGGGUACGGCCAAAUUCAACCCGCAGAACAUUAAUCCAUAUUUGUGUACACAUUUGGUCUACGCAUUCGGUGGAUUCACCAAGGACAAUCAGAUGAAGCCCUUUGACAAGUACCAGGACAUUGAGCAGGGUGGAUAUGCAAAGUUCACCGGCCUCAAGACCUACAACAAGCAGCUGAAAACGAUGAUUGCCAUCGGUGGGUGGAACGAGGCCAGCUCCCGGUUCUCUCCACUGGUGGCCAGCGGCGAGCGUCGCCAGCAGUUCAUCAAGAAUAUCCUCAAGUUUCUGCGACAGAAUCACUUUGAUGGCAUCGACCUGGACUGGGAGUAUCCGGCCCAUCGGGAGGGCGGCAAGUCUCGUGACCGCGACAAUUACGCCCAGUUUGUCCAGGAGCUGCGGGCGGAGUUCGAGCGCGAGGCCCAGAAGACGGGACGCACUCGGUUGCUCUUGACCAUGGCCGUGCCAGCGGGCAUUGAGUACAUCGACAAGGGCUACGAUGUGCCCAAGCUGAACAAGUAUCUGGAUUGGUUCAAUGUCCUCACCUAUGACUUCCACUCGUCGCACGAGCCCUCUGUGAACCACCACGCCCCGCUCUACUCUCUGGAGGAGGACUCCGAGUACAACUACGAUGCAGAGCUGAAUAUUGAUUACUCCAUCAAGUACUACCUAAAGGCGGGCGCCGAUCGGGAUAAGCUCGUGCUGGGCAUUCCCACCUAUGGCCGGUCCUACACGCUGAUCAACGAGGAGAGUACGGAGCUGGGAGCCCCCUCGGAGGGUCCCGGUGAACAGGGCGAUGCCACGCGGGAGAAGGGCUACCUGGCGUACUACGAGAUCUGUCAGACGCUCAAGGACGACCCCGAGUGGACGGUGGUGCAGCCGAAUGCCAAUGUAAUGGGUCCAUAUGCCUACAGACGCAACCAGUGGGUUGGCUACGACGACGAGGCCAUGGUACGGAAGAAGGCCGAGUAUGUGGUUGCUCACGGCCUGGGCGGCAUCAUGUUCUGGGCCAUAGACAACGACGACUUCCGCGGCACGUGCAACGGCAAGCCAUAUCCCCUGAUCGAGGCUGCCAAGGAGGCCAUGGUGGAUGCUCUUGGUUUGGGCAUCAACGAGGUGGCCAAGUCGAACGGACCACAGAAACCGUCGCGUUCCCGCAGUCGCGACAAUGCCGUACAGAAUCGGAACCGCCUGAAUACCAAGACAGAGGCCCCAACGCCGGCCAGCUCGAGGAGAGGUCCCAGCGGUGGACGUCGCACCAGCAGCACAGCAGCACCACCGCCUCCCAGUACCACCUUUAGGCUGACGGAGGCCGAUGGCUCCUCGCUGUACAUUGGAGGCCGGGGCUCGACAACACCAGCGCCGCCAACCACCCCCGAUCCGGGCUCGGAUUUCAAGUGCGAGGAGGAGGGCUUCUUCCAGCAUCCGCGAGACUGCAAAAAGUACUACUGGUGCCUGGACAGCGGCCCCUCGGGCCUGGGCAUCGUGGCCCACCAGUUCACAUGCCCCUCGGGACUGUACUUCAAUCCGGCUGCGGAUUCCUGUGACUUUGCCCGCAAUGUGCCAUGCAAGACCAAGAAAUCCACCACAGCGUCUCCACCAGUGACCUCCACGACAACGACGACUACAGUGCGACCCAAUCGGUUGACAGCGGCCCCGCCAGCAAGACCCAUCUAUGCACCACGCACCACCAGCAGCACCAGCACCACCUCGACCACAACCACUGCAGCGCCACCCGCUGAAGAUGAGCUGGAGUAUGAGGAGGAGGGCAGCGUCAGCGACGAUGAGCCGUCGCCAGGGGAAGAGGAUCCGCAGGUGAUCAAAGAGCUGAUCGAUCUCAUCCGGAAGGUGGGCGGCGUGGAGCAGCUGGAGAAGCAUCUGCUGCGAAACAAGGACGGCUCCAUUACGCUCAAAGAGAACUCCGCCAGCGGUGCCCCGACCACACCCUCGACCAUUAGCAAAUCUCUUUACGAUCGCGUGCUCAGUAGGCCCGGUACUCUCAAUUCCUUCACGCGUAAUCGACUGAAGAUCAACGAAUCUCCAGCUUCAGCCCCAGAGACCAGGACCGAGAGCAACAGCUCCUCCAACGCCAACUACUCCAAGUACUCCUCGGUGUUGAGGGGCAACAGUCGUCAAGGACCACAGAACGAGGGCAUCGAGAAGCUCGCGGAGUUCGAUGGCUUCCUGAAGGAGCGAAAGCAGUAUGUGACCAUCAAUCGUCAUCGUUCGUCGAGCCAGGGUGAGUCCGAGGCCCAGUCAGAGUCCGAGGAAGCAGUCGAGGAGCAGUCCGAGCCGGAAACCACCACCCGACGACCCAUCAGUGCCGCCACGCCAUCGUAUACCAGCUUGCGACGUUCCCGACCCUCAACCACAGCGGCCUCAGCCGCAGAAUCCUCCCAGGAGGAGGAAGAGGAGGAGGAGCAGGUGGUGCAGUCGCUCAGCCAAGUGAAGUCCUAUGCCACCUUGAGCCGGACGCGUGGACGUGGCACCACAGAGAGGCCGGAGGCAACCACAACCAGCAGCACGGAAACGGAGUCUAUCUUGAGUUCGACAACUAAUCGCUACAAAUACUUUGAACGCACAAGGCCCACGAAGAGCGGCAAUGUAGAGGAUGCUGCAGCAGAUCCCGAGGAGGAUGAGGAGGAGUACGAGGAGGAUGAACCGCAGCAAAAUGUCACGGUACAGAGCAAACAAAGUCUCACAAGCCACAACCAAAACACACGUAAAUAUGCGAGCAUUGGUCGCAGUAGAACAACAACCAUUACAGAAACACCACCAGAAACCACAACAGCAACCAACAACGGCACAGAGACUGCCAAGGCCAGCACCACCACCACCAACAACAACAACAACAACAACAGCAGCUACAAUGUGAAACAGAAUAACAGCAAGAACCCAACAAUACCAACAACAGCAGAAAGCACCACAACACCUCAACCUCAACCACCGAGCACCACCCAACCAGAAACCACAACUAACGAAACCCCUGAACCAAUUGAAAGCACCACUUCAACCACUAACACCCAGCAUACCUCACCCACAACCCCAGCCACACCCACACCCACAACCACAACCACAACCACACCUAAUUUAGGAUCCACCAGCAUUGACUCAGACUCAUUGGCAACCGAUGAACCACUGGGCGAUGCCUCCCCCACUAUCCCAUUAGUCCUAGACGUAGCCACCAGUACUACAACAACGACAACAGAGACGGAACUGGGAACAACAACACCCACAACAACAACCACAAUCACUGGCAACACCGAACGAAAUGACGUGGACGUGGACGACAGUGACGACAGCGAGGUAACAAAAACCAAGACACAAUACACAAAGUAUGCAACCACCAAUCGCAGGCGUGUGACAACAACAACCACAGCUAAAACGCCGACAACAACAACCACAAACAACAACAACAAUCCAGAAGCUGCGAUCGAUGCUAGUCGAAACGGUUUGAAUAGCAUUAGCAAUCCUAACGUAAAUAGCAUUAGAACCACCUACUCUGGUAGAAGGCAACCACAAAGAACCACACAGACACAGACACAGACAACAACAACCACAGAACCACCCACCACCACUAACCCGAAUACGCUGGGUAGCGUAUCUAGUCCGAGACCCUUUGGUUAUCCCAGACGGCGCACACGACCCACAGUCCAAAGCACAACCACUAGCACCACUACGAUAAACGAUAACGCAAACGAUAACGAUAACGCAAACGAUAAACAGAUAACAGAUGCAGUUGUGAAUGUAGUGAAGAAAACACGACUAUCCCAAGUGGAUAGGCCCAAGAAUCGUUAUCAGUUGAGCCGCAGCAGAGCUACCAGCGGCAGCAGCACCACCACCACAGACAGCAGUAUCAGCCCCAGCACCAACCCAGUAGUGCCACCAACAACGACAACACGUCGCUUGGCCUUUGGCGUGCGCCAGCGAUCGCAGCAGGUAACUAAAUUAACCCAAGUCGAUGAAGAGCACACUGAGGAGAAUGCACAGACUAAGGAUAGCCAAGAGUCCAACGAAGAGGCAGAAGACACAGACACCACAACGGCAGCAACAACAACUACCAGCAGCAGGCCGACGCCAAAGCGCAUACGCGUACUGAAAUUCCGACGACCCAUCAAUACCACAGACAGCACAUCCACUAAUAGCGCCACUGAAACAGACCACACAACGAACACAGUAAACACCACCAGCACAACAGCAACAACACCCACCGACACCACAGUGCACACCAACAACACAAAUACCAAUACCAAGCGUUUCCGUAAGAUUGUGCGUAAACUAAGACCCGUAGAAACCACCAGCUCCCCCAGUGUUGCAGCUGGUGCUGAAGAGGGCUCCGAAGACGGGGCCACCCGUAAACCCUUUGUGCCCAGCCACACGCGAUUUACAGGAACCACCGAUAACCAGGACCAGAACCAGAACCAGAACCAAAACCAAAACCAAAACGAUCUUCUCAAUCUGCGACAACGCCUCAAGGAGCAGCAGGCCAAGGGCGAACCCCUCGAUGGGGUAUUGAGCACACGCCUGAAGGCGGGACUCGCACAGAAGACAGGAGGAUCAGAGGAUCAGGACAUCUCGGAGCUGCAGCGAUUGAGGGACAAGGUGAAAGCAGAACAAGCGCGGGGCAAUGGCGACCAAGGAGUAAUCAACGAUCGCCUGAAGAAGCUGCUGGCCGAGAAAUCAGACAAGUCACAGAAAUCGGAGAAAUCCGAGUCCAAUCAGGGUAAUGAGGCGCCAACCACUGAGGUCUCGGCACGGCCAUUCUUUAAGCGGAAGCUGGUGGCCAGAAGACCCUAUACACCUGCCGCAGCAGGAGCAGGAGCAGGUGCCACCACCAAGGCGCCACUCAGCUUCAAUAGCUCCCGACCCACACCGAAGUUUGUGCGGCGCAAGAACGGACGUUUCGAUCCCUUCAAUUCGAGUGUCCGCAAUAGGGGUGAGGGAUUCGUGCGCAGCGAUCCUCGAGGAUCCCGUCUACCCGGAGCCGACCGCUUCAAGACCCAGAAGGCAGGAGGGGACAACGAGGAGGAGGAGGGGGCUGUGGAGGCGCAGCAGGAGCAGCCGCUGAAUAAUCGCCCGCUGGGUGCCGCCGGUGGAGCCUUGAGGAGGCCUUUUGUGCCCAAAGCCCGGACCCAGCUACAACCACAGAAGCCACAGAAGAGCCAGGACGAGGAGAGCGAGGAGGAGGACGAAGAGGAGGAGGAAGACGACGAAGAGGAUGAGGACGAAGAGGAGGAGGCAAAGCCACAAACGAUCGAAGAAGGCAGCGGCACGCCCAAGCCAAAGUUCAAUAAUCCCUACCGCCCCAAGGACAAUCGCGCACUGCCCGGCAGUCGUCCGAGCUUUGCCCCCACCGCAGGUGGUGCCACUGGUCCCGGCGGCAACGUGCCCUUCAAUCCACGCGUUCGUCAGCCCAACUUCAGUGCGGGAGGAUCCACGACGGCUACUGGCUCUGGCAAUCGCUUUGGCGGUGCCACCAAACGACCCCGCGUGGUCAAUCGGCCACCGGGCGUGGCUACGCCCAACCUGACCCUGCGGCCAGUGGCCAGCGAUUAUGAGCGCACCACACCGCUGACACCGCUGAAGCCGGCACCGUUCAUUCCCAGCAACACGAGGAGCUACGAGAGAAAGUACACCGGGCCCUCCACAGAGGCCACGGAAACGGCCAGCGAGAACUCCCUGAUCGAGGACCUAAACAUCGAUGCAUUGAAUGCCAGGAACAAGAAGAUCUUCGAUAUCAACAGCAAGAAGCACACGACACUCAAGCCGAAGGUGGUGAAGGUGGAGACGGAGACGGAAACGGGAGCAGUGACGGAGGUGGAGACUGGUACUGAGAUGGAGACGACAGAGCAGGUGGAACAGGAACAGGAACAGGAUCAGGGCUAUGUGACAACCACACCAAGCACACCACCACCCACCACACAGCCAGACACCACCAGCAACACCAACACCACAGACACUGCAACAACCGAAACAUCCAUAGAAAUAGAUACCGCACCACCACCUCCACCACAGAUACCACCCACCAUCACCAACGAGACCCAAAAUGCUAAUGAAGCCCCCUCUUCACCCCCACAGGAAGCACAGCUCUCCACCAGCACCACCCAAUCGCCGCCGCCGGCCACCACCCUCCUGCAUGUCUUCACCCUGCUCGAGGGCGAGGGCGAGGUUGAGGAACAGACGGCCUCCACCUCCACAAUUAGGCCGCCAAAGGCCCCGUUGCACAGAAGCACCGUUGCCGAGCCCAAGCACAAGCUGAUCGAGAUCAAUCGCAUUGUGGAGAUCAACUCAAAGCAGGCCAAGGCCGCCCAGCGGAAGUCCAAGGCCAAUCAGCAGGACUUCGGCAUGCUGCGGGUGGAGUCGCUGCCCCACGUGGAGCAGCUGGGCGAGAUCAGUGUGGUGAAAUAUGUACAUCUGGUCGAUGGCAGCGCCAUUCAGAUCAACGAUGGUCACAGCACCGUAGCCGACUACACGCCCACCGAGCCCACAGCCUACCGCAGCCCCUCGGCACCCGUGAGGAACACCCUGCCUCUUAACGAAGCGGACACAGAGACAGAGGCGGAUCGCAGUGGCAAGUCCCUGCUGCCGGAGGUCAUCAGUGGUGCAUUGGAGACAUCCACCAUAUCGCUGGAGGGACUCUUCGAUUCGCCCCGCAAGGGCAAGCAGUUGAGCAGCAACAGCAUACUCCAGGAUGAUAUAGAGGAGACAACGACCAUCGAAAGCGAAAGCGAAACCACGGUGGUGCCACCCACCUUUGCUGCCGUCCAGGCCACAUACGUAAGACCCAUUGUACCCCUACUGCGUCCCGAAUCCAACGAAUCCUCUCCCCUAGUCAUCUCGAUAGCCAAUCUUGAUAAAGUCAUACUGAGCAAGGUGCAGAAAUCGCUGGCCGAGUCGAAAGGCGCUGGUGCCCAAACGAGCACCACCGAUGCCACUGAUGCCACUGAUGCCACCGAUGCCACCGAUACCACCAGCAACGAUUCGAAUUCAGCAUUCUCUGUGCGUCAUGCCUCAGUGCUGCAGGCACCAAUACCCGACACCAACACUCACAAAACACAACAAAAACAACAACAACAAGAACAUAAACUAGAAACCACAACCCCAAUUGACAACAAUCAACAGCUGCCACCGAGCAGUGGCGCUAUUAGUGGACAAGACACAACAACAGCAAUUAACACUCAACAACAGCUGUCGAACAACAACAGUGAUGGCAGCAGCAACGGCAACAGCAACACCACACAAACAACAGCAACAACAACCACCAACAACAACAUUGGCAGAAGCGUGAGCGAGAUAGUCAGCUAUAGCACAGAGACCCAUGUGGUGCACCGCAAGAAGAAGGCGGGUCGCAAGGGGCGUGGCCGAAGACUGCGCAAAAAAACAACAACAGCCCCAGCCACAGGCCCAACCACAUCGAUAGACGACGCCACAGUGGUGCCGCCUCAGUAGGGCCGCCAAAACACCCCCUCCCCCAACACGUAGUUAGUUAUUUCUAGUCUUAUCCCCUGAGAACGCACCCGCCCCCUCCACGAAGAGAGCUUUUUUCGGGCGUUUAACCCAUUGCAAGCUUAACCCCUUGCUGCCUGCCACUGUCCCUUGUAAAUAAUUGGCUGCGUUGCUUUGUCUUUGAAUUAACAGCAAAAACAAAAACAAACACAAUUUUUGGGCGCUGAUUUUUCCAAAUUUCUUCAGAAAACAUAAACCAAAAUUCCCCAUUUUCAAGU